AUGUGUCUUGAUCCUUCAGUGAUUGUCAAAUUCAAGCCUGAAGUUACAGACGACAUCAAAGAGGGGGCCAUCAAGGAUAUUUUAGCUCUCAAGAAUACCAUUCCUCAGAUUACAGAUAUCAGUGCUGGCAAGAACUUUACAGACAGAGGCAAAGGAUAUGAAUACGGUUGGGUUAUUGAAAUAGAAAAGAAGGAGGAUCUUCCUGUUUAUGCCAAUCAUCAAUCUCAUUUGGACUUUUUGGCCAAAUAUAAACCCACAUUCGAAGAUGUUCUUGCAUUUGAUUAUGAAUUUUAA